UCCAUUUGAUAUGCGUUUAGCUCUGCCGCUAACUGUAGAUCUGUCUAUUUUCUUUCUUUAAAGAUGGCGCUGGCACUGGUAUCUAUCUUAAUCGCUGCCAUUCCUGUGGCCUACUGCUAUCCCACCACCUUCCAGGACCUGGAGGGGACUAGCACAAACCGAACCUCCAUUAAGUUCCUGGCUGUAGGAGAUUGGGGUGGAGUGCCUCAUCCCCCCUAUAUCACCGCUGUGCAGAAGGCUACUGCUCAUGAAAUGAGCAAUGUAGCGGAGCAGAUGGGAGCUGACUUUGUUCUGGCCCUUGGUGAUAACUUCUACUUUAAAGGUGUGAACAGUGUGGAUUCUCCUCGAUUUCAGGAAACUUUUGAGUCGGUGUACACAGCAAAGUCUCUCCAGGUCCCGUGGUAUAUACUUGCUGGCAAUCAUGAUCAUGCAGGGAACGUCAAAGCCCAGAUUGAGUACAGCCAGAGAUCUGACAGAUGGAAAUUCCCAUCUUACUAUUACGAGCUGAACUUCCGCAUCCCCAACACUGGGAAGACCCUGACCAUCAUCAUGCUGGACACCAUAAUGCUGUGCGGAAACUCUGACGACUUCCUGGAUGAGAAGCCCCGAGGCCCUCUGAGUGCGGUGGAUGCUAACCGCCAGCUGACGUGGCUGCAGGGCAGACUGGCUCGCUCCAGGGCUGACUUCCUGUUGUUGGCCGGCCACUACCCUGUGUGGUCCGUGUCUGAGCACGGGCCCACAGAGUGUCUCCUGCAGAGGCUUCACCCUCUGCUGAAUAAAUACAACGCCACUGCUUACCUCUGCGGCCAUGACCACAAUCUGCAGUACAUUGAGGAGUCUGGUGUGGGCUACGUGGUGAGCGGUGCUGGAAACUUCCUGGAUCCUGACGUCCGUCACUGGAACCAUGUUCCCAAAGGUACUGUGAAGUUCUUCACCGGCCAAGCUUCAACAAUGGGAGGCUUCGUCCACGCAGAAGUCACAAAGAACAAGAUGAUCUUGACGUUCUUCCAGGCUAAAGGCACUUCUCUCUAUCGCACCGUCCUCUCCCAGAGGACCUUUGAGUAGACCAGCUCAUCACAGGAACUGUAAAGUUAGUUAUCUAUUGCACACAGUGUUGUUCUGCAAUGAUAAAGUAAUGGCUGUUAAUCCUGUGUUUUUAAACUUUGGCAUUAAUAUUUCAAAGCAAUUCACAAUGCAUAUUUUAAAGAGAAUCAACUUGUUUUACAUGUAAAUUUCUUGUAUGAUAAAAGAAUAAAUGUGAUUUGUAAAUAA